CUCUCUCUACAAGGAGUGUUAGGAGGUAUGGGGCGCUCACAAAGGCUCCUCUUCAGUUAUUCUUGAUCCGUUGCUUCUGUGUUCCUUGGGAAUGCCCCUGGGCUUAUGCCUCUGGUCUCUUGGAGCUGCAGUGGAUGGGCAUCUGUGACAGCACCAUGGGACUGCGAAACACUCUCAUUGUGAUGGCCCUCCUGCUUUCUGUUUCCACCGUUCCUUUUUCAGGUGCUGCUUCCUUGAAAAGUCAUGCCUUCUUCAACGAGACUGGAGAACUGCCAUGCCACUUUCCAAACACCCAAAACCUCAGCCUGGACGAACUGGUGAUAUUUUGGCAGGAUCAGAAUAAGUUGGUUCUCUAUGAGCUAUUCAAAGGCCAAGAGAAGCCCAAUAAUGUUCAUCCCAAGUAUAUAGGCCGCACAAGCUUUGACCAGGACAGUUGGACCUUGAGACUCCACAACGUUCAAAUCAAAGACACAGGCUCGUAUCAAUGUUUCAUCCAUCAUAGAAGGUCCCAAGGACUGGUUUCCAUCCACCAGAUGAGUUCUGACCUGAUAGUGCUGGCUAACUUCAGUCAACCAGAAAUAAGACUAAUUGCUAACCAAACCGAAAAGUCUAACAUCAUCAAUUUGACCUGCUCAUCUACACAAGGUUACCCAGAACCUCAGAAGAUGUAUGUGAGGCUAAACACUAAAAAUUCAACUAGCAACUAUGAUGCUGUCAUGAAGAAAUCUCAAAAUAAUAUCACAGAACUGUACAACGUUUCUAUCAGCGUGUCUUUUCCCAUCCCACCUGAAACAAAUGUGACAAUCUUCUGUGUCCUGCAACUUGAGCCAACGGAGAUAAUUUUAUCCCCACCUUACAAUAUAGAUGCAAAGUCACCUGUGCCAAGCCCCCCUGUCCCAGACCACAUCCUCUGGAUUGCGGCUCUACUUGUAGUGUUCAUUGUGUGUGGGACGGUGUUUGUAAUACUAAGGAAAAGGAAGACGAAGCAGCCUGGCCCCUCUAAUGAAUGUGAAAUCAUCAAAGUGGAGGGGAAAGAGAGUGAACAGACUGAGAAAAGCCUGGUGGGCUGCCGUCUAUGGGGUCGCACAGAGUCGGACACGACUGAAGCGACUUAGCAGCAGAGGGCUACGGAAUGCAGAAUUUGGGUAGAACUCCAAAAACCUGGAAGAUCUGAUGAAGUCCACUGUGAUGUCAACAUUUCAAAGACAACCUCAGACAACAAAAGUGCUACAGAUUUUUAAUUAAAGAGUAAAUGCCAUAUAACUGUUUUUAUAUGCUUUCCUUUUCAAGUUUUGACUGACCUUUUCUUGUCUUUCUAAACCUUCCCAGAAGGCAAGAAAAUAUUACUAUUAAUACUAGCGAGGGCUUCAGAAUUCCCUCCAAGUAAAAUAGCCUCCUACCAUGCCAGCUCUGUUCUCGGUGCCAGGAGUAGAUUUCAACUGUUUCUUUUCAUUUCAGAACACACUUAAGGGUCAAGCCCAUCUAACUGAUUCCUGGCUCAGGAAUCAUGUGUGAGAUUAACAACUCUUGUUCCAGAUUUGGUCUCUUUUCUUAAUUUUAUAAAUUAGGUUUUACAUAGAACUCCCAAUUCCUGGAAUUGUGGCUUUUAUCUACUCUGAAUCUCAGAUACUAACCCUCAUUCCAUCUUGUAUACCUGUGACUGAACAACUACCUUUUCAGUCUGGGUAGGAGUUAUGUAUUUUAUGGCCUUAUAAUGUUUUGAAGUAUAGAGAAAUAUGUACUAUAAUAAUGUAAUUACUGAGGAAAGUCCACACUCUGCUAAAGAGUUCUGGUCCCUCUGUGAGGGUCAGUAAGGAAAGUGAUGGUCCAGUGUGCUGACAACAAUGAGCAGACCAACUCAAAAUCUGGGAAAUUAGAGAGACAGAGAAGGAACCAGUUCUGUAGCCAUUACCAUCAGGGCUGAGGCUAAUAUUAAGGAGGAUCCACCUGCCCAAGAAGCUACUGCUGAGCCUUAGCAAAGACUGUGGGAUAAAGCAGAAGAAUGCUGUGGAUAAUAAACUCUGCUUCUCUUCUUGGGGAAAAAAAAAUGAGACAGUGGCCUAGGGCCACUGUGAGAGAGCCAGUAGAGAGAUCACAGUACUCAAAACAGGAAAAAAAUUGAAAGCUCUUGACCAAUAGAAGUGCACGUGAAUGUUCAGUGUGUGUAGUCCUUCAACAAGCCCUGGAAAGAGCAGAUGGACAGUCUAACCAAAUGGACUUCAGGCCGACAGCAGUUUCCUUGGAGGUUGGGAGGGGUUUUGAUGAUAGCCAGGUGGCUGUAAUGUUUCACCUGACUGGAAGCAGAGCUGGGAAGGGAGAGCUAUCAUCUUAAUAAUGGGGUGAUGCAAGGAGGCCUAGGUCUCUUUCAGUAAAUGACUGAGAGUGAAGGAGCUGCAAGAGAAUUAAGAGGACCAAGAUGCACAUUGCCCAGAGGCGGACGAAGCCCAUAGAUGUCCUAAGGAGAUACCGGUUGUCCCAGAGCAGGGCUCUGGGGACUGUCUAGGGGACUGUCUAUGUGUCUGUCAGCUCUCAACAACAGGGAAACUGGGCACAGGAGAGGAAUAUACUAGCCCAGUAGAAAUGAGUUAGGAGACCCUGGCUCUAAGAUAGCAUCACUAACGGAUGGAGAAGCCUCAGUCUAACCCUAAAGAGAACUUUGGGAGGCCCACGCUACAGAAAAGUAGUUCUUCUUCUACAUUUUGUUGUUGUUGUUCAGUUGCUCAGUCGUGGUGUGUUUAUUCUACAUGAAGGACCCUGAAGGGUUGUAGACAGCUAUGCUAGCCAUGCUUGCACCUGUAAUAGUCCCAGUUGUGUGCUCUGCCCUGCCCUUACCUUCAUUAGGCUCUAAGCAUCUUCAUUAGACUAACAUAAGGUGUGUUUUAUUUUAACUUUUUAGUUUAUAUUGGAAGAUAGCUGGUUAUGUUGUGGUUUUGCGUGUACAGUAAAGUAGUUUAGUUACACAUACACAUGUAUCUGUUCUCAAUAAGUUUCUAUUAAAAUGAUGUGUGCUCA